UCUAUAUAUCCUUGGAUCUUAAUUUGAAGUUUGAAAAAAUAUAUAAUAAAUAAUAUAAAUGAUAUACUUUACGUUAUUGCAACUAAAUAUUCGCUUACCCUGAAGUACCUAUUGCUAUGGACAGAAGAAUCGACGAAAGACUUCGUAAACCAAGACGUACUAGAGGGACACCAUUUUAUGUUGAAAGAAAUUAUUGGGCUUUGGGUGCAUUAGCAGUUGCUGGUCUAACUGCGAUUUUAUGGGAACUAUCUCCAGGUGCUCGAUAUAUAAAAGGUCACAUGCAUGAUUGGUUUGAUGAGACAGACGAAGCAAAAUUAAGGAAGAAACGAAUGCAAAUUGCUUUAACAAAUCCAGCUCUUGAUAAAAUUAUUAUACAAUCAAACGAACGCUUAAUCUCUAAAGAUGAGCCAAAGGAACAGACCUGGUUCACAAAAAUAUUCUCAGAGCCCGACCUCUAAACACAAUAGUUCUCCAAAGUCAAAGUAUUUUAAUGUUAAAAGUCCUUGUAAAUUAAAUAUGAAGGGUUACAAGUGUAAUGUUAAAAAGUUAUAUAAGUCAGUAGAAAUUUCAAAUAAAGAUGUUAAAAUGUUGUUAAGUGAUGAAGAUCUUUCUGAUUUUCAAUCUCCAAAACCUGAAAAAGUGAAGACUUUAAAAUGGAAAAUCAAGAAAGCAGUUGUUACACCACGUAAAAAAAGAGGGAGGAAAAAGAAACAGCAAUCAAAUCCAACUUUGAAGAUAAUAGAAGAUAAUUUCAAACAUUCUGAAAAUCCUGAACAUUUGCAAAUGGCAAUAGCUUUAUCUAAGUCUAUAUAUGAUCAGGAAUGCCAAAUAAAAGGCCAGGCAUUAGCUAAUGAAGAAACUCCAAAUAUUAGUGAUAUAUUAAGUUCACAUAACAAACCCUCCCUACUAGAAAAAUAUGGUUUUACAUCACAUAAAUCAGUGCUACCUGUUAACCAAAAAAGGAUAUUAGAACCACAUGCCAAAAGUAAAUCAAGAUUCAAAUAUAUUACACCUAUAUUAAACAUCCGUACUACAGAAGAACAACAAUCAAUUAUUGACGCCAAAAUUGCUAUUAUUCUCGCUGAAAACAAACCAGAGACUUCCUACGAAAACUGUAAAUUAAAUACCAAUAAAAUAUCCAGCACUAUUUUAGAACGUUAUAUUCCUAAGCGUAAAAUUUUUUAUUCAGAGUAUAAUAGUGAUAACGAUUUUUAUGUAGACGAACUGGAUUUUUCUAAAUCUAAUAUUAAAUGUGGAUAUCUACUGAGAGAUUGGCAAUCAAUACCGUGUAGGGAAGUUUCGCCAUGUAGGGAGACUUCAUCAUGUAGAAAUAAUAGAAGUGAAAAAUUAACAAAAUUAACUGAACCGACAAAUUCACAUCAGGACUUAUUUUCUAUGCAGGAUAGGAAAGAAUGUUACAUAGAUGAGGAAAAACUAAUGUCAGCAAAGUGUGAAGAUGAUAACAUUAUUAUUCACAACAGACAAUCUGAUUUUCCCAGUAUUGUAUUAAAUAAGUCACCUGUGAGGACUAUAUCUCCAGAUUUGUUUGGUUCGGAUGUCGAGUCUGAAAAUGAGGCUCUUGACUUAUCUCCUAUAAUAAGUUUAAAACAAUAUAGUUUUUCUAAUAGCCAUAAAACUAAAAAAGAUUCCCUGUCAAUAGAGUUAGCAAGGUCAUCAAAAAGUAACAGAGAAAAUUCUAUCAUAGACAUUAUUGACCUAACUAAUGAUAAUCUUAAGGAUUUUUUGUAUAAACCUUCAAAUAAUUCAACUAUUGAAGUAGGUAAUAAAAAUAUAAAAAAUACUGUAAACAUAUACAAUUUAGAUGAUUUUGAAAAUGAUAACAACUUAGGUGAUAAUACAAUUAUUUCAGAAAAUUUGGAUAGAUUGGCUAAUGUCGAAAAUGUUAACAUGAAUUUGUCUCUGAAUAAAUUAAGUAUUUCAUUAGAUCAUAAUCCUGAUAUCAAAUAUGAUCAACGUAAUGUUAACACAGUGGCUUCCGAAAAUACUUUACCGAAUAAUUACUUUUCUGAAGAAUGUAUUACGCAGUUUAAUUAUAAUUUAAGAAGUGAAAAUAAAGACAGAAUUGAAGAUAUCUCAAAUUCUGAAUUAUCAUUAAAUGGAAAUGGGACUCCUAAAAAAUAUACAAGAACAAAUAAUAAAACAUCAUCAAAUUGUAAAGCUGAUAAAUUAAAUAUUACAACUGCAAUUAUUAAUUUAGAUGACAGUGAAAACGAUAACGGUAAUACAGUUAUUUUAGAAAAUUGGGAUAACUUGAGUAAUGUAAGAAAUGUUAAGACAAACUUUUCGCUGAAUAAAUUAAACAUUUCCAUACAUCAUGAUAAUGAUAACAAAGAUGAUCAAUGUAAUGUAACAAAAAUAGUAGCUUCUGAAGAUACUUUACCUCAGCAUUAUUUUGAAAACUUUUCAGAAGUAUCUAUAAUGCAGUUUGAUGAAAAUUUAAGAAGUGAAAAUGAAGAUAAAGUUGAAACUAUGUCAAAUUUUCACCCACUUCACAUAUCAUUAAAUGAGACUCCUAAAAAGCAAUCAAAAAUAAAUUAUGAAACUUCAGUAAAUUGUACUGCUGACAAAUUUUGUAAUUCUGCAGAAUUAAAUAUUACUCAUUAUAUAGACAACAUGCUAAAUCAAGAAAAUUAUAGUUUUGAUGAUAUCAAUAGCGAACCGGGGAAUUUAAAUACUUAUGAAAAUAUGCAGGAAAAAAUAGAAAAUGUUCCAGAAAGUCAAGGAUCCCAAAAUAGUACAAUUUCAGAUGAAGAAUUAAAUUAUUCAAGUUAUUUUGGAAAAUGUAAGAAUAUUGCAGAGCCUAACAUUGAAAUAGAAGAUAAUCAUACUAUUAAUAGUGCAAUAGCCAACAAUACAAGUAUAGAGAAAGCCAUGAAAAGUUCUGAUAAAGUCUCGCAUUCAUGCCAACAAAAAUUAACACCCAAUAAGUUAGUUAUAAAAACAGAUAAUGUAACACCAAUGCCAAAUUAUGAUGCUAUGAGUACACCAAUUUUGCAUAAAGAACUAGACAAAUUUGGUUUGAAACCUUUAAAACGUACUAGAGGAACAAAAUUGUUAAAACAUAUUUAUGAGUCUACACAUCCUAUUGUAAAUAUUCACAAACAGCUAGAUUCUGAUGGUUCAGACACUGAGGAAAAUCGAAAGACUAAAAAAAUUAAACUUACUAAUGUUACAGGUCUGCCUAAUAAUCAUUCUGUUUCAAGUGAUCCUUUUAUAUCACUGAUAGAAAUUGUUGGAGAUUGUAUUUUAGAGAAUGAAAAAUUAGAAGAUCUUAUAUUUGAAAGAAAAAGAUCAGUGAAGAUAUCCUCUUGUGCUAUCCCCUUACAGAUAGUGUGGCAUAAUUUUGUAAGCUCAAACAAAAAUAUCCGGCAAAGUAUUCUAUUAUAUGAACCACUUCAGUUGGAAACUAUUCAUAUGCUUUUAAAAGAACAUGGAUAUAAGUUUCACAUUCAGGAUUUACUUACUUUUUUGGAUAAAAAAUGUAUUACAAUAAGGACUGUAAGAAAAUCUAACCAGAAAAAAAGCUGACUUUUUAAAGCUUCA